AUGUUUGAGAUCUUCACGCACGGUGUUUCAUUCCUCAAUAUCCUCUCGUUAGCCGCAUUUUUCACCACCGUUGGGUUAUUUUUCUGUGGAAUUCCAAUCUGCCGACAAAUAUGGAAACGAAAGGACACAAAAGAAAUUUCUGGUGCGCCUUUUUUGAUGGGAGUUCUUGGAGGCUGUUGCUGGAUGACAUAUGGUUACCUGAAGAACGAUAAAACAGUCCUCGUUGUCACUGGGUGUCAAGUGAUCCUAUACUCAACGUACAGUGUAUUCUACUGGUUAAUGAGCAAAGACAAACUAUGGAUCACUAUCAAAGUCGGAGCAGUGCUGUCGCUAUGUACGGCGUUGAUAUUGUCCGUACAAUUUUUCGGUAUGAAAGUUUUCCAUCCGCUUGGAAUCGUCUGCAUGACGCUGAACAUCGCCGACUUUGCCGCUCCAUUGGCUGGACUGCGAGUAGUAAUUCGUCGUGGAGCGACAUCCACCCUGCCACUACCUCUUUGUAUCGCCAAUUUUCUGGUCUCAUCCGAAUGGUUCUUAUAUGGUCUCCUUGUUCGAGAUGUCUACCUCAUUACCCCAAACGGUAUUGGAUCUCUGCUGGCUCUUGGUCAGCUAUUCCUAUUCGUAGUGUUGCCACGUAAGCCCGGACAACGAUCUCUGUUAACUCGUGCAUUUGGUUGCUGUGGACCCAGUGAGAAGGAAACCGAUUUGGAGGCACCCACGAAAGAAAUCAUCCCUGAAGUGGAAAGUGAUGAGUCUAUCAACUCUGCUCACCUCACUCGAGCUCGUCGCUGGUCAAAGAAGGUGAUGGCCAACGUGAACACAAUGGCCGAAGAGAUCGAGCACGUCAUCGGCAAAGCUUCAAUCCACCAUUCAGACCAUUCGAGAUUCAUGUACUCGCAAACGAUUGGAGACGACGACACCUCAUCCGAGAAGACGAUGGAUUCCGUAGACGGUCAAGCGGCUAGAAACCUUCUGGAGGCUCUCAAGAAUGGCGAACAAGUCCUGAAUCCCAGCAUGUUGAUGCCAUCAAAGCUCUGCUCUGGUUCUCAACGACUUAGUGCCGAAGCACGAAAAGCGAAAAUACGCCGAACCAUCAGUUCACCCGAUCUAUCCGACGGAAGCAUUCCACUAUAA